CUCAUCACCACUUUUUCAUUCUUUCAUCCAACCAUGGCCAUCCCCACUGUCUACCCAACUAGCCAUGAAGAAGCGGCGCUGCUGGAGCCCUACACUUACAUCUGCUCAAACCCUGGCAAGGAGAUGCGUACAGAGCUGAUCGAAGCAUUCAAUACGUGGAUCAAAGUGCCCCCAAAGGAGCUUUCCAUCAUCACCAAAGUCGUCAAGAUGCUUCACACCUCAAGUCUUUUGAUUGACGAUAUUGAGGACGACUCUAUAUUGCGACGAGGUGAACCAGUCGCCCACAAGAUAUUUGGAGUGCCGGCAACAAUCAAUUGUGCAAACUACGUUUAUUUCUUGGCGCUCGCAGAGCUGAACAAGAUUCCCAACCCAAAGAUGCUCACCAUCUUCACUGAAGAAUUACUGUGUCUGCACCGAGGACAAGGAAUGGAGCUGCUGUGGAGAGAUAGCCUAACCUGUCCAACAGAAGAGGAAUAUAUCGCCAUGGUAAACGAUAAGACGGGAGGUCUACUACGUCUUGCCGUUAAACUGAUGCAGGCUGCCAGCGAUUGUCAAGUAGACUAUGUUCCAAUGGUAGAAUUGAUCGGUAUCCAUUUUCAGAUCAGGGAUGACUAUCUCAACCUCCAGUCCAGUCAGUACUCGGCUAACAAAGGAUUCUGCGAAGACUUGACUGAAGGAAAAUUCUCGUUUCCAAUCAUCCACUCUAUCCGCGCCGACACCUCCAGUCGAAAGCUCUUAAACAUCCUGAAACAAAAGCCCACAGAACCAGAGCUCAAGACCUACGCUGUCAGCUUAAUGAACGCUACAAAGACCUUUGAGUACUGCAGAGAACGGAUGGCAUAUUACGAGGAAAAGACCCGGGAAGAGGUCCAACGACUCGGUGGAAACGCAAGGCUGGAAAAGAUCAUUGAUCGAUUGAGUAUCCCAGACCCUAACGUCGAUGCCAACAAGGAUGUGGUCCCAAUGUUCAUCGCCAAUUCUGAGCACAAAUAGUACACUACCGACCGCUCCCUAUCAUUGGAGAAAGCAUAAAGAUAUAAUAAACAUAGACGCGGCUACAAACGACCAGCUUGAGUUUUUUUUUUAUUCAACUA